GCAAAGGUGCCACACCCUGUCUGCUGUCCAUACAUACUUUAGCGGUGCGACGAAUUGCCAAGGGCUCCGUUUUCCGUACUUUUCCCCACCCCUUGGCAGCUGUUGCCAAGGAGCCGUUGCUAUAGUAUUAAGAGUGUCCGACAGUGCGCAGGCGGAAGUUCCCCGGAUUGUUGCUUCGCCAUCUUUUACUGGAGUCGGAGAGCGGGUUAGAUUCUGGUUGUUUCAGAGCUGCCACUGCUCGUCUUUUGGGGAGAUCAGGGUUACAAUCUGCUGCCAUCCGCUGUCCAAGCACCCUAUCCAGGCGCCUGGCAACAUGGACUCGCGAGAGGACUUGGUGUACCAGGCUAAGUUGGCGGAACAGGCCGAAAGAUAUGAUGAAAUGGUUGAUUCAAUGAAGAAAGUGGCUGCCAUGGAUGUGGAGUUAACAGUGGAGGAGCGGAAUUUGCUUUCUGUCGCAUAUAAAAAUGUGAUUGGAGCUAGGAGAGCAUCUUGGAGGAUAAUCAGCAGUAUUGAACAGAAAGAGGAAAAUAAAGGAGGAGAGCACAAAAUUCAAUUGAUCAAAGACUAUAGAUUUGCGGUUGAGGAGGAACUGAAGGCAAUUUGUAAUGACGUUCUGGGAGUGUUGCAGGGACAUCUUAUUCCUUCUGCACAAACGGGAGAGUCCAAGGUUUUCUACUAUAAAAUGAAAGGUGACUAUUAUCGGUACCUGGCAGAGUUUGCUGUAGGUAAUGACAGGAAACAGGCAGCAGAGAACAGUUUAGUGGCAUAUAAAGCUGCUAGUGACAUUGCAAUGACAGAACUACCACCAACGCAUCCCAUACGUUUAGGCCUCGCACUGAACUUUUCUGUGUUCUACUAUGAAAUUCUUAACUCCCCUGAUCGUGCUUGCAGGUUGGCAAAGGCUGCAUUUGAUGAUGCUAUUGCAGAACUGGAUACAUUAAGUGAAGAAAGUUACAAGGAUUCCACACUGAUCAUGCAGUUGUUACGUGAUAACUUGACACUAUGGACUUCAGAUAUGCAGGGAGAUGAUUCCUAGAGAGGGAAAAUCGUUUCCUUAAUCGGCUUGUGAAGAACAGAACAAAGAAGCGCUGCAGGAUGUGGAAGAUGAGAACCAGUGAUAUGUAAUGGCCAACAAGUGACCCUCUUGCACCCUCAAGUCCAGUCUCCUUCCAGAGCACCCCAGUAUCACACUGAGAAACCUCUGAAUUUGACUUUUUCCACUGGUUCUCGGAAGUGUCUGCCCAAAUGGGCACAUUUUUAUUUUACAUGAUUUAAGAAAAUCUUGAAGGCAUUGGUGAACUUCCUGGAUUUUUUUACUGUGAUGCCAGCAUUUUAAGUUGUCUGAGACACUAACAGAACUAAGUUUUUCAGCAUUAUUUAACCCAUCAAUAUAUUUUUUCAAUGUAUAGAAAUAAAAGAUGGAAUUGUAAUCAUAAGUGUUUAGUAGUAGCAGUCUCUUGUGACAUCAGAUGUGUUUGCCAUUUUUCCAUGUAUGGCACAAUAAGCCUAUCAAGUGAGUAGUGUGCCAAAAUCUUGCUUGUAGAGCAUAUAAAGAUGGUAUCUUUUUUUUAACUGGCUGAACUGAUUUCUUAUGAUCAGAAGAGUUUUGGGAUUGUAUAUUGAACCUGAAAACUGAAUAUAGUGGCUGUAGUGGUUUUGGUGUAGAUGUCAUGACUUUUUAGCUGUUGAAGUACUGUCUGCAAAGACUUUGUUGCUGAACACUGAAUAUAGCUGGUAACAGUUUAAAACUCCCUGGUAGCUCAUAUUUGCCUCUCUCCUGUUUUUUUCCUCCUGAAAGCAGGUUGGUGUUGGAGGUUGUUGACAGAGCCUGCAUGUGUGUUGAAACAUUCUCUUUGGUUUCUUUCUUAUCCCUUCCUUCCACUUCCCAUUUCUUGCUCUCUUCUGUCUUAGUCUACUCUUUUGUUCAGUAUGUGUAACUUGAAGCUAAUUUGUACUACUGGAUAUCUGACUGGAGCCACAGAUACAGAAUCUGUAUUGUUCUUACUGAAACACAGCAUGGAAUUAACAUUAAACUUAAAUAAAACAAACUUAAAUUAAAAUGCUA